AUGUUCGUGGCCGGGGACUUCAACGCCCCUAACACGGCCUGGGGAUACGUGGCCAGCAGGGCCAAGGGCAAGGCCUUACUAAACGAUGCCGAUGAACUUGACCUAACGCUCAUCACGAACGCCGCAUGCCCCACAAGAACGGGUAACUCGGUCAACCGCGACCCAACGCCAGAUCUUACUUUCGUCGGCAACAUUCCAAACUAUCAGUGGAAGAAGCUCUUCGACGAUCUGGGCAGCGAUCAUCACAUUGUUGAGACAACGAUUGACACACCAUCCAGAGAACCCAGAAAAAUGACGUACGUCGACUGGAACAAGUUUCGCGAGUUAAGACACGAACGCCCAACAAGCACAAACUCAAUGGAACAAUAG